AUGACCUCCCCUCCCCCAAAUAUCCCCCCGGCUGGGCGUCCUGGCUAUGAGAGAGAGGGGUUGGAUCCUGCCCGGGACCAUGACGCUGGCCGUCGGGCCCGUGAGGUAUACAGUAUAUUCCACCCCCCGAGCCUUAUCCCGCCGAUUGACGAGGAUGCGACUUGGCCGCCGCUCGAGUCCGAGAUUCUUCCGCAUGGAGCUCUCCCGACUCGACAUCCCUCCGCCGCCGCCUCCCCCCACUUGGACGCAGUAGACCCCGGACAUACUGCCCCUUUGGUGCUCGAGCCACAUCUUGGCCACCACAACGAGACCCUGACAUCCUUUGCUCAACUGGCAGCCCUGCGCCUGGAUGUUGAGCGUGUCCUCAUUAGCGUCUCCGAUCAGGACUCGCAGUUCAUCAUCGCCCAAGCAGCACAGACCAGCCAGGGUGAUCUGGAUUUGCAGCAUCUGAGCGAGGGGGUCUGGAACGGCAAUACGCGAUUGUCCCUGGACGACUGGAUUAUGUGCAGGGACACACUCGACCUUCCUCCAUCUGAUGCAAAGAAUGGUAACUACUCAUUCAUCGAGGUCAACGACCUGAGCACCGACGAGCGGUAUCGGGAUCUUCCCUUCGUGCGCGGGGACCCCUGCUUCCGCUUCUACGCUGGGACGCCUCUGACCGGGGAGAAGGAAAUCAACAUUGGCUCCAUCUUUGUCCUAGACAAGAAGCCUCACGCCGAGGGCCUGACGGCAGUUGAGAAGAAAGCCUUGGUGACCGUCGGGGCACUCGUCACCGAAUAUCUAGCGGUCAGUCGUCAGGCCACCGAUGGACGUCGUGCGGCCCGGCUCUCUCGCGCAUUGAACUAUUUCGUUGAAGGCAGCUCAGCAAUGCAGGAAAGAUCGAGUGCCCCUACCACCCCCGCUGCCUGUACAGGCUCGUUGUCGUGGUCGACGCCGCCACCCGCUCCCUCAUCCAUUCGAUCUGAGGGUCAGCGAUCCGCUGAGUUUCCCCCACGCGGUGGGAUUAGCGAAACUCGCUCGAAUCAAUCUCAGAGUACGCGAAGUCAGGGCAAGCGGGCUUCCCGCACGCGGUCUUCCCGCACGCGGUCCACUUCCCGUGAAAGGCGGGAGUCGGUUGCCUCCAGGUCUGAGGGAACCACCAGCACUGCGCAACAUCGAUCAUCAGGGAGCUCCACGGGGUCUCUCUGGAUGUUUCAGCGCGCAGCCAACCUGCUUCGCGAGAGUCUAGAACUGGGUGACGAUGGCGGCGUGAUCUUCCUCCGUGCGGACCCUCAUCUAUUGCACGAGACCAAAUGGCGCACAAGCAGUAGCAGUGGCACGUCCACCUUGCGCGAGCCCUUCGCUUCACAAUCUGGUGGUUCUAGAAGUACACAGUAUCCCGCAUCGGAGUUGAACUUGGAAUUUCUGCACCAGCUACUAGAACGUUAUAAUUAUGGACGACUGUGGUCAUUUUUCCGGGACGGGCUCCUCUCCAGUUCUGACGAUGACCGACCAGCACAAGCGGAAUCCCAUGCAGCAACCGCCGACCAAUCCAAGGGGAUGAAAGCAUCCGAGAACUCAACACUCAACCGCUACUUUCCCGGCGCCACGCAAGUCUUAUUCGUACCUCUCUGGAAUGCAGCAGAUUCCCAGUGGUUUGCCGGCUGUUUCUGCUGGAACACACUAGAGACGCGUGUCUUUAACCCUACUGUCGAACUGAGCUCUGUGCUAGGCUUCGCUUCAUCCAUCAUGGCGGAAUACAGUCGGAUGCAGUCCGUGGCCGCGGAUCGCCAAAAGAGCCAUUUCAUCGGUAGCAUCUCGCAUGAAUUACGGAGCCCUCUUCACGGAAUUAUGGCCGCCGGCGAGUUUCUGCACGGCACCCGGUUGGAUGAGUUCCAGCGAUCUUUACUGGACACCAUCUCCAACUGCGGCCGCACCCUGCUGGAUACCAUGAAUCAGGUUCUAGAUUAUAGCAAAACCGUCUCCUCGGAGCGGGGCCGCGCGCACGCCAAGCGACGCAGCGCUAAGCGAACCAACUCUGGUGCCUCGUCACUACUGGACACCUCGGUGGCUACGGAUUUGAGCGCGCUGGCCGAGGAGGUCGUAGAAGGCGUCUACUUGGGCCAUGCCUAUGGGCAGAGAUCUAUGGCCCCUUCCGACUGUCCGGAGAUGGCGACGCCGCAAUCGCUGCCUGAUUCUUCUGCGUCGAACCCCAACCCUGAUCGGCCCGCAGUUGAAGUCAUCCUCGACAUCGCGCGACACCACUGGGUAUACCAGACCCAUCCAGGUGCAUUGCGACGGAUUAUCAUGAACUUAGUCGGGAAUGCUCUGAAAUACACGGAGGCGGGGCAGGUCUCUCUGGCAAUGGAGGUAGUCGAAGUGGCGCCAAGAAAGGCUGGGGCUAACGGUUAUAAACCUGGAGAAACUCUGAUGCUGACAGUAUCGGACACGGGCAAAGGCAUUUCGGAGGAAUUUCUACGGAACCGUCUUUACACCCCAUUCGCGCAGGAGGAUCCACUGGCCGUAGGCACAGGGUUGGGGCUGUCUAUCGUUCGGAGUCUUGUCAAAUCGUUGGAAGGCAACAUCACAUUCCACAGCUCUGCCGGCCAAGGGACCACCGUCAAGGUGUCGAUUCCGCUCACUCGCCCGGGCCUGGAAGACAGCUCCUUGGAGCGUCAGUUCCAGGAUCUAACGGUGCAAGGAACGAAGGGCUCCGAGCCGAUUGGGAAGCAUGCUGGUAGACGCGUGAGCAUUCUCCUUGAUGGAGAAGCGGACCAACUCUCGUCAUCUCCACGUUGGUCAAUCAUCCGUCGCUACCUGGUAGAGUGGUUUGGAAUCGAGCUUGUCCCGCCCUGCGGCGACUCACCUGCGGACUUUAUGCUUGUGGAUGGAACUACAACUGUCACACUCGGCAGUGAAGACAUUCCACUCCCGCCGAUUAUCGUCGUUUGGGACCCAUCGAUCUCUCCCUCGAGUCCGCUGCCAGAGUGGCUAUCUUCAGCCCCUACCGUGAACUUUGUCCGUCUGCCGUGCGGACCCUGGAAGCUGUCUGCUGCAAUCGAGCGCUGCCUGAACCAGCAAUCCGAGACCUCUGUAGCCCCCCCGCAAGUGCGAGCGUUGCCCGCCGUGCAAGGCGACCUACCUCUGGAAGCGACUACUCAGACCCAGUCAACCCUGUGCCCUCAAUGCCAGAACGAAUCACCACAAGAAUCAACUGUGCAAAGAAGCACGCGAGGCCCACGCGUCUUGGUGGUUGAGGACAAUCCCAUCAACCGCAACCUCAUCCUGACAUUCCUGAAGAAGCGGAAUCUCGCUGCUCUUGAGUCGGCCGACAAUGGCAAACGCGCUGUCGAAGCAGUGGAGCGGGCACAGCAAGGCUACGACCUGAUUUUCAUGGACAUUUCCAUGCCUGUGAUGAACGGCUUCGAAGCCACCCGCGCCAUUCGCGCCCUAGAGAGAGAACGAGACAGCGGCGUCAAGGCCAAGAUCAUCGCUCUCACCGGUCUCAGCAGCGCAGAAGACGAAAGGGAGGCCCUGAACGCCGGGAUGGAUAUGUUCGUGACCAAGCCCUUCUCAUUUGAGAAAUUGUCCGAGUAUUUGGAUAAAUGGAAGCAGAACGAACUAUGA